AUGACGACUGGCAUAGUCACACUACCCAUUCGUUCCUCGCCGACCCUACGCAGCAUCCACCGAGGAGGAAGCGGCCACCCCAUCCAUGCUGCCGUCCGCCAUCGAAGCACGUCCAGCGCCGCCAGCAUCAUGUUUCGCCGCGCUGCCGAGAGGCCGCCGCCGCCGCCGCCGCCGCGAAGCACUCUGGAAAAAACUUUGUUCCCCUCGAGCAGCCCCAGCCCGUCGACCCAUGGCGACAUACGUGACCAACUGAGGACCCCCGGUCGGCCAGUCGCCGCCUCCGUCUCCGUCUCUACGUCGGCGAGGAUGGCGCCAUCGCGGCCGACCACCCUCACCAGCUGGUCCGCCAACUCGACCCUGCCACCAAACAGGGCAUCGCUGCAUUCGCUGUACACCAACUCCGACUCUUUCAAGCAAGAGAUUGACUGCGUCGAUUUGGCGGCCCCCGCUCCUCUGGCGCAGAAGAAGGCCGAGGAGGUCGUAUACUUUGCCGAGGACGACUUUAGCGACGACGACAACCUCGAUUUGGACUAUGAAGCCCCCAAGGCCUUGCCCACCCCCCGAGUCCUCGUCCAAGAAGCGCCGGUCAAGCAGCAGAUGCCACCCCCACCGACCCCCUCGCAGGCCGACUCGGCGAUCCCCUGGUCGUCAUCCCCCGCAUCGCACUUCGUCGCCCCGACCCUGCCGAACCCCCCGCCGAGCCGGCCUGACCCUUCGGCUUCAACCCGGUCCUCUGUGAAGCGUGAGUCUUCGGGCGAGACGGACGUCUGCGAGGCUCCUGUGCCGAAGAAGCCGAAGAAGCGCGUGCUACCGGCCGGCUUCCGUUCGCAAGAUGCGCCGGAACCCGAUGAGGGGUAUUGUGUUUCCACGGCGACCCCCGAUACGAAGUCGCACUACUGGGACCCCACCGGCAGCAUCGUGCAGGAGCAGAAACGGCAGCUUAAGAAUCAGCGAAACUCGCGCCAGCCGGAACAUGACGCCCCUCCGGAUGAUGCCUCAAACGCCGGCCCGGCUCUUGUCCCCAAGGCCGUCCCCUUGUCGCUGAGCGCUGAGCAGAAUCAGGUUCUCGACCUGGUUGUCCAUAAAAACGCGAGCGUCUUCUUCACAGGCCCUGCCGGUACCGGAAAGUCGGUUCUUAUGAGGGCCAUCAUAUCGGAAUUGAAGAAGAAAUUCGCAAGGGAACCGGACCGGGUCGCCGUCACGGCCUCGACCGGUCUCGCCGCCUGCAACAUCGGCGGCAUCACCCUCCACAGUUUCUCUGGCAUCGGCCUCGGCAAGGAAGACGCUCCCGCGCUGAUCAAGAAGGUGAGGCGGAACCCGAAGGCAAAGGCUCGUUGGCUCAAGGUCAAGUGCCUCAUCAUCGACGAGGUCUCCAUGGUCGACGGGGAGCUCUUUGACAAGCUGUCGCAGAUUGGUCGCGUCAUUCGCAACAACGGCCGGCCCUGGGGCGGAAUUCAGCUGAUCAUUACUGGUGAUUUCUUCCAGCUGCCCCCGGUGCCGGACUUUGACAAGAAGCGUGAGGGCAUCAAGUUUGCUUUCGAUGCCGCUACCUGGGGCACCUCCAUCGACCACACCAUUGGUCUCACCCAGGUCUUUCGACAGCGCGACCCCGAGUUUGCCCGCAUGCUCAACGAGAUGCGCUUGGGCAAGAUCAGUCAGGGCACCGUGGAGGCCUUCAAGGCCCUCUCGAGGCCCCUCAGUUUCGACGACGGCGUCGACUCGGCCGAGCUGUAUCCGACACGCGCACAGGUCGACAGCUCCAACGAGAAGCGGUUACGAGAACUCCCGGGCCGGUCAUAUCGCUACGAUGCCUUGGACAGCGGCGAGCCUGCCAUCCGGGAUAAGCUUCUGACCAACAUGAUGGCUCCGAGGAGUCUCGAAUUGAAGUUGAACGCCCAAGUGAUGCUCAUCAAGAACUUGGACGAGACCUUGGUCAAUGGUACACUGGGCAAAGUCAUUGCCUUUUCCGACGAAAAGACGUUCGACAUGACGAGCGUCAGCGCCUACGACACGGACAUGGACGAUCCCAUGUCCAUGGCACGGAGGAAACUAAAGGGAUUCAGCCGAGACGCCAACAUCUCUGACAGCAACAAAAAGAAGUACCCCGUCGUGCAGUUCGUAUCCUCCGGGGGCUCGCCUCGCGUCAUUCUUUGCCAGCCCGAAGAGUGGAAGGUCGAGCUGCCCAAUGGAGAUAUUCAGGCAAAACGAAACCAGCUUCCUCUCAUCCUCGCCUGGGCACUCUCGAUUCACAAAGCCCAAGGUCAGACCCUCGAAAGAGUGACCGUCAACCUCGGCCGGGUUUUCGAAAAAGGCCAAGCAUACGUCGCCCUGAGCCGAGCGACGACGCAGCAGGGUCUUCGCGUCCUCGGCUUUGACCAGUCCAAGGUCAUGGCCCACCAUCGGGUCGUCGACUUUUACAGCAAGCUAUACAGCGCAGAUCAAGCGCAGGGCCAACCGACUCCGACUGGAAUCAUGGAUUUUGUUGCCAACAGGAGGGGGGUUCGGGAACCGAAAGCAGCCGCACCCGUCGUCGCCGUGGCUGCUCCAAGCAAACCGACACAAACGACACCCUCGAUGCGUGUCGAGGUCAUCGACUUGGACGAAGACGAGGAGGCUAUGGCCUCUUAUGGGUAUUGA